GCCAGACGCGCUGGGAGCCUUCCUGCGCAGCGGCGCUCUUGGGGCCGCGCUGGGCGCGAUGGCGAACUUGAGGGCCGGGCGCGCGGCGCUCCGCGUGUCGGCAGGCUUGGAAGCCACGCGAGACGGCAACUCCGCGGCCCCGGUCGCCGUGGAGGUCGGUGCCGCGUUGCAGGCCAUCCUGGCGUGCGUCUCCAUGGCAGACGAGGUGCUGCGGGCGAAGCUCUUAGGGUUCUUGGCGGACGCCUCCGCGGCUGCAGCUGCCCAGGCUGGCGACCAGGGUAAGGCCCACGCCAAGACCACAGACGUGGCGGAGGUUCGCUUGGCGCUUUCGCUGCUCGUGGCGAUCACGACCGACGCGGGCGAGGUGCCCUCCGUCUCCAAGGGCAGCCGUGACGACUCCUUGGAGGCAUGCCUCCAGGUGGCCAGCGCUGGGAGCAAGGGCGAGCUGGAGUUUUCUUGGUGGACCCAAGUGUGGGUGAAGUGGCUCAAGUGGCUCAAGUGGCUCAAGGUCCUGGCGUCCAAUUACAAUGUAUAA